CAUGGUGUUUAGUGAGGUUUUCCUUUGGUGAAUAGCUGCAACAUCAAGAUGGGCCACAGGCUGUUGAGAUCAUUCGUGCUGCCAUCCUGUCGAUCGGGAUUCAGAGGCAGACAAAUGUUCCCUACCCCGACAACGUGUUGGAGAACAACAACAACGCCUAAUGAAACAUUGUUUGGCGUUAUUACUUCUGCCCGACGCAACAAGUCGGAUGGAAAGGGCAAAGAUAUCAGCUCCUUGGUACAGCCAGUGUACGUCAAACCUCCCAACAACCCAGAUGACAUAAAUGUUGGGGCAGAGUUAACCGGCUCUCUCAAAAAAGAAGACUUACUGAAAUUGUUAAAUCAGUUUUACAGAAGGCCGGAGAUCAAGCGGCUGUCAGCCGAAAGUGGUCUGGACAACAAACUGUUUCAUCAAGCUUAUAUCAGCUUCAGGCGGUUUUGUGUUGAGUCGGAAAAUUUGCCUGUUGAUCUUCAUGUUGUCCUCAGUGAUAUCUUACAAGAGGCAGGGCAUACUGAUGAUAUUUUUCCUUAUUUCUUGCGACAUGCAAAAGAGAUUUUUCCGCAUUUAGAGUGUAUGGAAGACUUAAAAAAAAUAAGUGACUUGAGACUUCCUGCAAACUGGUACCCUGAGGCCAGAGCAAUACAACGAAAAAUCAUCUUUCAUGCAGGACCUACAAAUAGUGGGAAGACGUAUCAUGCCCUUCAGAGACUGUUCAGUGCUAAGUCAGGUGUGUACUGUGGCCCGCUUAAAAUGCUGGCUGUGGAAGUGUUUCAGAAGAGUAAUACAGCUGGAACAAUGUGUGACCUAGUAACUGGAGAGGAAAGACGAUAUGCUGACCCAGAGGGAAACCCCUCGGCUCAUGUUGCCUGUACUGUAGAGAUGACCAGUGUUACUAACCCAUAUGAGGUGGCUGUGAUUGAUGAAAUACAAAUGAUAAAGGAUACGCAGAGAGGCUGGGCAUGGACAAGAGCGUUACUUGGAGUUUGUGCUCAGGAAAUCCAUGUGUGUGGUGAAGCAUCAAGCAUCCAGCUUGUUAAAGAUUUGAUGAUGGUGACAGGCGAUGAAGUAGAAAUAAGAAAGUAUAAACGGCUCACAAAACUGAAAUUUCUGGACAAAGCUGUUGGGUCAUUUGAUAAUGUGACACGUGGUGAUUGUAUCGUUUGUUUUAGCAAGAACGAUAUCUAUACUGUUUCCAGGCAACUUGAGAAAAGAGGCCAGGAAUGUGCUGUUAUUUAUGGAGGCCUUCCACCUGGUACAAAAAUGGCACAAGCACAAAAGUUCAAUGAUGCGGAAAAUUCAUGUAAAAUAAUGGUGGCAACAGAUGCCAUUGGUAUGGGACUGAAUUUGUCUAUAAAGCGCAUUAUAUUUUACUCACUGAUAAAACCAAGGCUUAAUGAAAAGGGGGAAAAAGAAAUGGAUGUUAUCAGUACAUCGCAGGCUCUACAGAUUGCAGGUAGAGCAGGAAGGUUUGGGACAGAGCAUGAAGAAGGGGAGGUAACCACAUUCAGGAAAGAUGACCUUGCUUUAUUAAAGGAUAUUUGUCGGAAAGAGAUAGAGACAAUAGAGCAGGCAGGUCUUCAUCCAACGGCAGAGCAAAUAGAACUGUUUGCAUAUCACCUGCCCAAUGCUACCCUCUCUAACCUUAUUGACAUAUUUGUCACACUGUCUCAACUGGACAGUGAUAAAUACUUCAUGUGUAAUGUAGAUGAUUUCAAAUUUCUUGCAGAUAUGAUUGAGCAUGUUCCUUUAGCAUUAAGAGCCAGGUAUGUAUUCUGUUGUGCUCCUAUUCCCAAGAAACAGCCAUUUGUUUGCACUAUGUUUCUGAAGUUUGCUCGUCAGUACAGCCGCAGUGAGCCAAUCACACUAGAUUGGCUGUGUCGUCAGAUUGCUUGGCCCUUCUCACCACCUGAAACUAUACUGGACCUGGUUCACCUGGAGGGUGUCUUUGAUGUCCUUGACCUCUACCUGUGGCUUAGCUAUCGUUUUCAAGACAUGUUUCCAGAUGUGAGUUUGGUGCGUGACAUGCAGAUAGAGCUGGACUCAAUAAUACAGAUGGGUGUAUUCAACAUCACUAGACUCAUUAAGGCAACAGAGACGCCCACCUCAAGUGCCCCACCCACUGACGAGGAUGAGUUUGAGAUGAAGAGCAGGUCUCACAAAUCUGCAAUGGCACAGAAAAAUUACAUGAGUGAUGAUUUUGGUGAGAGGAAGUCCCAGAAAAUCAGACAUGAAAGAGCAGAUUCAGCGUUUGACUCAAGACUUUCAGCAAACUUUGUGCGGGCAAAGUCUGAGACUGCUCAAGGAAAGGCAAAUGGAAAAGUCAACCUAGGCCAUGGGCGAUUAACAGAUCAGCUGAUUAAGCAAGGCUUGCUGACUCCUGAAAUGCUGGCAAAAUUGCAGGAGGAGUGGCUUAGUGAGACUCCGCCCACUGGGAAUACCCCAGGCUCGGAUGACAAGUGACAGCUUUCUGAAGUUUUGCAGACAGUUAGGGUCAAGAGUUCCAAUAGUAUCAGAAGAAACAUUACAGUGAUGUCCAACAGUGCUGAUUCUUAAUGAACUGUGCUUAAUUGCAAAUUAAUUGUGCCAUAAUAAUUAAUACAUAAGAGCAUUAAUAGGUGAAUGUGUAAUUGGAUGACACAUAAGUAUGCAAGAUCACUGAAGUAUUAUAUUUCUGGAUUGCAGCCUAUACAUGUAUUUGAUUGUGUUUGUUACAUUUACAUAUAAGUUAUGCUAUUCAAAUUAAUGUUUCAUUGUAAAUGUUUACUUGGAGAUGUAUUUUUGUUUCAGUUAUGCUGGAUGCCCAUGUCAUGUGUUGAGUUGUUAUGAAUCUACAUCCAAAAGAUUGUGUUGAUUGAAGAUUUUAGAUGUCUAUAGUAAACGUACCAAAUACAACUCUCUUU